UUUGGACUCUCAGUACAGUCCUCAACAGGUCUUGUGAUAAUAAACAUGGCAGCUUCUGACAUCCACACAGAGAGCCCUUGUGUGGCAAAUGGAAAAUCUGGUAAGGCAAAUGGAAAACCGUGUCAGUCAAAUGGAAAAUCAGUCUCUGAACUCACCGUUCAGUAUAUUGGAACGGAUUUUAAAUAUAAGCACGAGAUAGUUUGGAAGAAUGCCAUCGGUUUCUUGGUAUUACAUUUGCUAGCUCUUUGGGGACUGUUCAUCGUGUUUACUGGUGGAGUACAGUUCAGGACUUUAUUAUGGACAUUCUUCAUCGCGAAUUUUUCCAGUGAAGGUGUGACCAUUGGAGCCCACCGGUUGUACACACACAGAUCCUUCAAAGCCUCCCCACCGCUUAGAGCUAUGCUGCUCAUCAUGCAAACUAUGGCUGGCCAGAAUUCCAUGUUCAUCUGGUGCCGCGACCACCGCCUCCACCACCGCUACUCAGACACGGACGCCGACCCUCACAACGCGAAGCGAGGCUUCUUCUUUAGCCACAUCGGAUGGCUGAUGACCAAGAAGCAUCCGUACGUCAUCGAGCUCGGCAAGAGGAUUGACUUGAGCGACCUGCAAGCUGACUGGAUGGUCAUGUUCCAGAAAAAAUACUACUACCCCUUGUACAUAUUAUUCGCUAUAUACAUACCCGUGGCGAUUCCCGUGUACUACUUCAACGAGCCAUGGCUGGAGUCAUUUCUGGUGUGUUACUUCAUGAGGUACAUCCUCCAACUGAAUGGGACUUGGUUGGUCAACAGCGCCGCUCAUCUAUAUGGCACCAGGCCGUAUGACAAGAAUCUCCAGCCUGUAGAGUCUUGGUUUGUCUCAUUCAUCUCCCAAGGUGAAGGGUGGCACAACUACCACCAUGCGUUCCCAUGGGACUACAAAGCGGCGGAACUGUCAACGCUUUUCAACUGGUCUGCCAGGUACAUCGAGUUCUUCGAGAUGGUUGGGCUUGCUUCUGACUUGAAGAAAGCGUCUCCAGAAAUGAUCAAAAACAGAAUCAACCGGGCUGGUGACGGAACCCACUUCGAACUCGGUAGUGAAGAGGCAAAAUGUUCAGUCAAGGCGCUAGGUCUGUUGCACCCAUUGAACCCUAGUUUCACGACUACCUUCCCAGAUCCCGAAGCCACUUUGAGGCUUGAAGGCCUUCCACUUUACCACGAAAAAGAUAUUUUAGACUGUAGUAAUGUCACAGUAAGAAGAUAUAUUGGAUCUGCCAAGUAAAGUAGAUUGCAAAGCCUGAAUGUUAUUAUAGAUAUAGAAAUUAAGAAUUAAAAUUAUCUUAGCACCGUUUGUUUUAUCUCAUUAAGUGAUUAUUUUGUUUUGUUCUGCAUAAUAAGAAUGAUUUCAGGGGUUGUAGUGAUGAUAAUUUAAGGACUCGUACUCAAGUAG